CUUGAAUUUGAUUAUUGACAGUAAUUAUAACCACAACAAUAAUAUUUUGUUGAUUUUGAGUGAGGUAUCAUUAAUAAAAGUAAACCGUUGUAACGUAAUAAAGUGUGAUAAAUAAAUUGGUAAAACCAAACCAGUCUUGUGCCAUACGUUUCAUAGUUUAUGAUCAAACCGACAAGCAUGUCGCGAAUCUGCACUGUGUUGCAUUGCCGUGAAAAAAAUGGUUUAUUUAAAUUUCCAUCAGAUCCACAAGAACUUUUCAAUUGGGAGCAAGCAGUUGGUAUCAAUUUGCGGAAAGGGCGAUCGAAUCAAAGAGUCAGAUACAUUUGUAAGGAUCAUUUCGAAGCUAAUUGUUUUUUUGCUGAGCCACCAAAAAUCAUGAAGGAUGGAACAGAAAUACCCCUCACAAGAAAACGGCUUCGGUUGAAACCUGGCUCGAUUCCUUCAAUAUUUCCAUAUAAAAGUAUACCCUCAUCAAUAAGCAAACAUUUGCAAAACAGCACUAACUGUGGGGAAGCAUCUACAGAUAUUGAAACCACAUGUACAAAAACUGCUAGAAAAAAACAAGUAGCAAAUGUUAUUGCAAAACGACUCGAUUUCGGCGAAGAAGAUAACUUGUUAAUACUACCAUGUGAUGCAGAAAUUAUUGGAAAUGGAGAUUUCCUUGAAGAAUAUUCUAUCACACAUUUAGCAACUGACUGGAAAAAAAAUUAUGGUGGUAGAACAAAAUGGGGGAUGACAGACGCAAGUCAGGGGAUAUGUUUCAGUUAUAUUGAUAAGAGUGAUGAAGAGGUUCCUAAUGUAACUCGUUCUUUACUUGUCAAAAAAGACAUGUCUGUAGAAGCUUUUGUUAAUGGACGUAAAGCAAACUUUCCAAUACUGGAAAGUAUAUUGAGCUUCCACGAUGUUAUGGAUCACUUAAAUAAAAUAUCGUGUCUUCGAGUUUGUGCCAAUACUUCUUGUGAGAAUGGCUUUUACAUACCAGUACUAAAGUCUGGAAGCCAUUUAUGCAAACCAUGUCAGAAAAUUAUGAAACGCAAAAAAGACCGGGAAAAGAAACAAGAGCAACGGGGAUUGAAGAAAAUUACGAAAGAAAAAAAAUCAGAGAAGUUGCAGCAGAAGUAUCAGUUUUUUACAGUUUAUUUGAAAUCUGUUUGAAUAUCAAUAAGGAGUUUUUGUCAAAGUUUAUUUCAAAUAUUCAUUCAUAAAGUGUACAUGACUUUUUGUACGUAAGUAAAUACUGGCUAAUGCUGAUUAAUUCAGUAUUUAAAAUCGCGUUUUGCUAUGCUUUGUACAGGAGAGUCUGUCUAUACCCUAUUUCACGAGUAUCCAUCAAGGUAGAAUGACGGCUGAUUAUCUAGUAAUAUCUCCCCAUAUCCGCCCAGGACACAUAAUUCUGACGGAUCCGUCAACACCAGGUAGACAGAGAUGAGUUUUUUUUUGUAGGCUACGGACUCAUUUUGUACUAGCUAACAGCUCUUUCAUUUAGAAAAGUUUAUUUGCAUACAAAAAACAAAACUCCACAAACAAGGUGUACUAGAUUUAUACCCGAUCCAUUAUUGCCAACGUUGCAGACUAACACAAAAAUAUCACUUGCUGAUCAGCUCAGUAGACGUCAAAGCGAGAUGGAUACACGUGAAAUUGGGUAUAGAUAACUGACAGCCAUGUCAAAGACACCUUAUUUCACGAGUAUCCAUGAUGAACAGCUAAUCACAAAAGAGACAUCUUUGUGUUAAUUGAUAACGUUGGCAAUAAUGAAUUUCGGUACCGUAUUCAGGAGCUGUUAUAUAUAUGUAUAUAUAUAUAUAUACACCUUAGGAAAAACCAUUGUUAUACAUGGGAAAUCAUUUCUUGGCAACAGCGCAUCGGCUCGUCUACUUUCAUCGCUAUUCGUACAUAUUUCCUACCGUUAACGCGCGUGCCGUUGUCAAGUGAGAUAAGGUAUUCAUGACUCACUCUGCGGUUGGGUUUUGUGUAGGAAAGGUGCGUCUUUAUUUAAUCCAAAAUAUCUUAAAAAUGUACUCGCAAGAAGAAAAGUUUCAAAUGAUAGAAUGGUACAUCCAGAAUAAUUCAGCACGCGCGGUUGUUGAAUUAUUUGCGGUACGCUUCCCAGAUCGGCCAAUUCCGUCUCACGCAACGGUUAUAAAUACCUACGAAAAAUUCAAGAGGGUAGGCUGCUUACAUAAGUGCCAUAGCUGCAUGCACCCUUAAGGUUGGAAACCAAAAAUUAGCGAGAAAAGGGAGGAGAUCGAAACUGUUGUUUGUGCCGCUGCAGAAGUAUCUGAGCCAUGCUCAAUCAGAAAAAUUGCUGAAAUGGUACCAAUAGCCGAUCUCACACCCAGAACAACAAGAAAUAUUUUGCAUCGCAACGGCUAUCAUAGCUUCUAGGUUGGAACGGUUCAAGAAAUAUUUCCUUUAGACAAAUACCGUCGAAUAGAGUUUUGUGAAACGGUCAUGGAGAAGGCGAACAGGGAUGGAAGUUUUAUUGGUAACAGUUUGUUUACUGAUGAAUCCACAUUCCCUCUCCACGGUCAUCACAAUCCUUCAGUCGUUCGGUAUCCACAGAAACUGAAUGUGUGGGCAGGAAUUCUAGGUAAUAACAUUAUCGGACCGUUCUUUAUUGAUGGAACUCUUACGGCUGCAAAAUAUUUGACGUUACUACAGACGCAGAUUGUUCCUGCAAUUAGGCAGCUUGGCAUUGAUCUCGCUAAUAUUUGGUUCCAACAAGAUGGAUGCCCGGUGCAUAAUGCGGCGAUCGUACACACUUACCUUGAAAGUGUGUUCGGCCACCGGAUUAUUGGCGGUAACGGAACAAUAAAAUGGCCUCCUAGAUCACCCGAUCUAACGCCCAAUGAUUUUUUCUUGUGGGGUUAUGUGAAAAGUACUGUUUACACUUUCAAUGAGAGAGCAGACAAUUUGCAUAACCUACAGGUGAAAAUCGUUGAAGCGCUCGGGCAAAUACAGCCUUCUAACCUCUUGAGAGUUCGUUAAUCAGCAUGGCCUAGACGCUAGAACUUCAUAAAGAUAACAUUGAAGCUGAAUGCUGCUGGAGUAUAGUGUUUCGAAUAUUCAAAGCGGAGCGGGACACUAUCCUCGUUCAAUGGGUCAUCAAGCCACAGUCUUUUCAACAAAGAAAUUAUUUUACGAAAAUGCGUUAUAUUUUUACGAUUUUGUCGUCACCAAAUCUCUGUUUCUCAAAAUGUACGUCUAUUGUAGAAUUUUCAGCAAACUAAGCAAGAAACGUGAUCUAGUAUUUACUCAACAUUACGGAUUUCUCGAAAUACAUUAAAAAAUGUGACCUAGAUACCUAACUGCCCCAAGCUUUUUAAAUAUAACACCUUAAACCAGGGUUACCAGGUGCUCAGUCACGUUGAUUGUCAUGUUGUACUGGGCAAGUCAGCAAACAAUCUGGCGUAAUAAACGUUAGGAAUCAUCAGGUAUUGCCAGAUUCCCGAAUACCGGGCACCAUAGUACCCGUUAUAGUUGUCCUUCAAAGUUGUCAAAUCGCCCCUAUGGCGCAAAUUCGCCACACCAGGCAACUGUGCUAUAAAUAAACCCUGUUUAUCACUACUAUUUGAUAGCCAUAUGGUAGUUGUAGCCCUAUCUAGCGGUCCAUGAUUUCUCUCAAUACUGUUGUAUCUCUACUGGCAACAAGAAUAGGGAUUACAAAAUCAUUUAUACAACAAUAUACAAACAUGAAAAAUAUGAUUUGAACCAUGAAACAUUAAUACAAUUUUAAUAGUUUGAACUUUUUUCAUUUUUGGAAUACUCUUAUGUGGAAUCCGCAGCUAUUUUUCCCGAAAUUUGGGUAGACUUAGAUUUCUUAGAAAUAUGACAUAUUGGUAUCGGGAACUCUGCGAAUGGGAGAAACAAAUCGCAUUUGUUGAGCGCAUCCGUCUAAGCGGCAGGCGCCAGCGCCCAUUCUGCCAUCUCUCUUUUAUCACUCUUCUACUUUACCCCGUUGUCCGUCACACUCCGACGCUGCCAGAUAGGAUCCUACAAUCGAGUGUCUUUCACGCACCUACAUACUUUUGUAUAUUUCCAUCUCUCUUCCUCAUCAUAAUGUAUAAUAAUGUUUUUUCCCAAGGUGUAUAUAUAUAUUUCAUAACUCAUUCGUUUGUCAGUACUCGCAGUUUUGCAUUUUGUUUUUUUUUAAUGUGUAUUUAUUGUUUUAUAUUUCUUUCGAUGGUUUCAGGGUAUUUCUUGUUGAUUUAAUACAUUAAUGAUUAAUGUCCACAAUAAUGUAAUAAUAAAGACGUUUUAAUCUAUUCUUCUUUCCUUUUGGAUUAAGGCAUGCUUGAUUAUUUUUCUUUUAAUAUUAUUGAUAUAGUAGUACCUUGUUAUGUUAUGUACUUCAUUGGAGCAACACUGUAUUGAUUACAGCGUUUGACUAAAAUAGGCAAAUGCAGUACCGAAGUUAAUGCGGUUGUUAUGGUGUUUGACUGAAAUUGUUCAGUCAUUACAGGGAAUCACUGAAAUGCUUAGUCAAACGUUGUAAUAAUCAAACUGCAACUGUGUUUGCCGGCAAUACGGAGACUGACUUACACCCGAUUCAUUAUUGCCAACGUUGCAGACUAACACAAAAAUGUCACUGGCUGAUCAGCUAUUCACCUACCUCAGUAGACGUCAAAGAGUGAUGGAUACUCGUGAAAUAGGGUGGACUGUGGCUAUAGAUUUUAUCUUUUUAGAAAAUUUUAUGUUUCCGAUUGUAUCCUCCCCACAACUAUUGCUUUAAGCUUGAUCGAUUGCUGAAGGGCUUAUAUAAAUAAUUGGACUUAUUUAUAUAAAGCAAGUGCUUAAACAUGAGCUAAGGUAUUUGUACUUGGUGAGAAUAUUAAUUUGGUGGAAUUCGAACAUCCUACUCGAGACCACAAAACAUAUACACUGGUGGUUCGGAAAUGUGGAGCUUCAGGUAUAUUCUUUAAUUCACCGGUUGAGCUACCGGUGCAACCGGUUAGCUAAGUUUGCGUCCUUUAAUUCUUUAAUUUCCGCUGGAACGACCGGUUGUACAUCAAACUUGUCUCUAUAUUGAUGGUGGAUAUGCCACCGGUGCCAACAGCAUCCACCUCUACAUUUUAUCAGUUUUUGACAACUACAGUUUUGUGUGAAAAAAUGGAAGAAGAAAAGAUUGAAGUUAGCAGC